UUUCACUGCGUUCACGUCGAGGUUUGGCGACGUUAUCGUAAAUUAUCGAGUCACGUGCGUGAUAGUUAUGAACUGGAGUCUCGAUCAUAGUAAUUCAUGUAAUGCCUCUGGGAAAUAUCGCUUCUACCGAGUAUCACGGAUUUUACAUUAUGCGAUAACCCGUAAUUAAUUAUGGGUGCGUUAAUUUUUCUAGACGGAUGCGCGAUUGAUGUCAGCGUCACAGUUGACAUUUUAAUACAUCUUAAAUUAGCAGUAGAUCACAGAUGACUACGAUGAAUGGGAAGAGGCCCUCUUCGAUACCAUGUAGACAUCAGCCAGAGAUAUUAUCGCAACACUCUGACUUGAUCAAGUAUAUCUAUGAUUCAUGGAAUUCUGUAUCUAGAGAGCUAGAUAUGUGUCACAAUCAACCACACAGUAACUCCUCUAAUUAUAGAAAUGGGGCAUCAGUUACGUAUUAUCAAGAACGUGAGCCAAAUCCACAGUUGAAAGAUUUUGAACCAUUUAAUUUGGAGGCAUGGUGGGGACAGCGUGUUGUACAAAGUGUUAUUACUACUAGAAAUGCAAAUUCCUAGUGCCAGGCCCAACAUGCUGACUAUAAUCGGACAUUUUCAAACAGACAUAAGAAACAAAAAAGAUAAAUUGCAAUUUUAUCAAAUUCAAUUUUUGUUUCUUUUGAGAUUCGUUUUAUAUUUUUGACAAUGAUACUUUAAAACUGGGAUUCAAGCACAGAGAUUGUAAGCAUACAGAAAAUAUAAACAGUAAGACUUAAAUAUUAAGACGUUCGAACACAGGUAAAACAGAGAGUUUAAAAUGGCAAUUUUAUAUUCUUAAGAAUUUUUUAUGACAAUCGAUUAAUUUAUUUACUAUUUAUAUCUUACUGCUUACAUUUUUAUACAAUGAAAGAAAGACAAUGGAUAUCAACACAAAAAUUACAAUUAAAUCCCAAUUUUGUUUUAGAUAUGUAAUGUACGUAUUUAUCUGACAAUUUUUUAAUGUUUUAAUAAGAAAAAGAAAAGAAAGAAUGCGGAUAUUGUGUAAUGUGAGAUAAAUAUGACAGUAAUGUGACAGAAAUGUGUUGUUAUGGAUAGUAAAGAGGAAGAUACGAUAGAAAUGUAAGCAUUGCUAUACAAAAACAUUCCUUUUAUAUCAAUCAUAUUUUACCAAGAUAUAUUAAAUUUUUUUUCGAGUUUUCUAAAAAUAUAUAUUAAACGAGAAAUCAAGCAUAAGAAACCAUUUCCUUGUUUGUAUUAUUGUCUUUGUAAAA